UUUGUUUAUUAGAAAUAUUUUAUUAUCAUUAUAUCGAUAUAUUAUAUAUUACGAAUUGAAUAAUAUUAGAUAUUCAUAUAAAUAUUUUUCAAUAUUUUAAAAAAAUAAUUCUGCUUUGUUAUGUUUUUGUGUCACUUUUAAAAAAAAAUUUCUAAUUAAAGUUACUAAGGUUAACCACGAGUUGAAGAAAGAAUCUAAAAAAAUGAACAUAAACAGUGAUAAAUGGUACAAAGAAUAUUGUAAAGAAGAGGAUUCAUAUACACAUUCUAAAUCAGAAAUAGAAGUAUCAAAUUUAAAAAAUGAAGCAAAAAGAUACUUAGAUGCAGAAACUUCUGUUUUUCAAUUAAAAGAAUCAAAACAUACUAAUUCAGAAACAGCAUGGUUAAGAACAGCAUUAACACAGGGGACAACUUCGGAUAAAAUAGCAGCUGCCAUUGUAUUAGUGCAAGAUAAUCCAAAAUAUAAUUUAAAUAGACUUACAAUGCUUAUAAAUCAAGUAAGAGUUGUAAAACAUCAUCAAUGCAACAUGAUAAUAAAAUCUUUAAGAGACUUGUUUUUGGUAGAUCUACUUCACCCUAAAUUUAAGUUACUUAAAUUUGAAGAACAAAAUUUAGAUGAACUUGAUAAAUUUAAUUCUGGAGACAUACUUAACUCAGAUAUGUCAAAAAAAAAAUUAAUGGCUCAUUGGUAUUUUGAAGAUCAAUUACAUGAACUGUAUGAACGUUUUAUAAUGUCUCUAGCUAGCAUUGCAUCUGAUACAGUAGAUGCAAAUCGUGAAGUAGCAAUAUCAGUAAUGACAGAUUUAUUAAUAGGAAAUAUUGAACAUCAAUAUAAAUUAUUGGAAUUAAUUGUAAAUAAAAUAGGAGAUCCAAAUUGUAAAAUAGGAUCUAAAGUAAUAUUUUGUCUAAAUAAAUUAUUAUAUAAACAUCCCAAUAUGAAACUUAUUGUAUUACGAGAAAUUGAAAAAUUAUUAUUUAGAAAAAAUGUAGCACAUCGCACACAAUAUUAUGCAAUUUGUUUGUUAACACAAUUUUUUUUAACUAAAAAGGAUGAAAAAAUUGCUUCAACACUUAUUGAAGUUUACUUUGCCUUCUUUAAAGCUUGUUUAAAAAAAGGAGAACCAGAUUCUAGAAUGAUGGCAGCAAUUUUAACUGGUGUAAAUAGAGCAUAUCCAUUUGCAAAAAUGAAUUCAAAUAUAUUGAAUGACCAUAUAGAUUCUGUAUACAAAGUUGUACAUAUUGGAUCUUUCAAUGUUUCUUUAAAUGCGCUCAAUUUAUUAUAUCAAGUUACAGGUAAAGAUGAAGCUCAAUCAAAUAGAUUUUAUUCUGCUUUCUAUCGGAAAUUAUUAGAUCUACAAAUUGGAAUAGCAAAUAAACGUGCACUAUUUCUUAAUUUAUUAUUUCGAGUUCUUCAAAAUGAUCAUAAUAAACAACGUUCAUAUGCUUUUAUUAAAAGAACUUUACAAAUUAUAUUAUAUUUUCCUGCAAAUAUGGCAUGUGCUACUUUAUAUGUAAUAUCUAAAGUUUUACAUACACAUAAAGAAUUAAAAACUUUAUUAUUAAAAUCUCAAGAUUGUAUUAAAAUUGAAAAUGAUGAUUCUGAAACUAAAAAUAAUUCAUUAAAUUUAGAAGAUAUUUCUUAUUUAUCUAAUGAUAAAUCCAAUUUAGAAAAUUCUAUUUUAUUAAUGAACAUUGCAUCUACAUGUAAUAUAGAUAAAGAAAUGAAAUCUGAAAAUGAAAUGGAAAAUAAUAUAAAAAUUGAUUUCAAUACAUGCAAAGAAUAUGAUCCUUUUUGUCGAAAUCCUCUUUAUGCUGGAAUAACUAAAGGUUCAAAUACCGAAUUAGUAACAUUAUCUAAACAUUAUCAUCCAAGUGUUGCAUUAUUUGCAAAUACUAUUCUUGAAGGAAAACUAAUUGAUUAUAUGGGUGAUCCAUUGGAAGAUUUAUCCUUAAUGCGUUUUUUAGAUCGUUAUGUUUUUAAGAAUCCAAAAAAAUUAGAAAGUAAAAAAGUUCAGAAAAAAAAUGAUCCUCUUGCACAACGAGCAGGAUAUACACCUAAAGGUAUUAGAUGCAUUCCAAUUGAUAGUAUUUCAUAUCUUAAUCAAAAAGAGGAACGUAUUCCGGUUGACGAAUUAUAUUUAUAUCAUUAUUUAAAAAAGAAAAAAGAAUUUAAGCAUGAAUUUAAAGAUGAAGAUGAUGAUAUAGAAAGUGUUAAUAGUGAAGAAUUUAAUGAUAUGUUGGAUAAAUUAACAAAUGGUAAAGAUUUUGAAGACUUAGAUAUUGCUGCUGAUAUUCAAAUUGGGAGAAAGAAAGAUUUUGAAGAUGAAGAAGAUGAAGAUUUUGAUGAUAAUAUUAAAAGUGAAGCAAGUAAUGAUUCUGAUGAUAUAUAUGAAUCAGAAGAAAAUUUCGAAAAAGAUGAAAAUAAUGAAAUUGAUAAUGAAUUACAAAAUUUAAGUGAUAUUGAUUUAGAUGAUAUAAGUGAUUUAGACUUUAAUGAAGAUACAAAAGAUACUCAAUUAAAUAGCAUUGAAAAUAUUUUAGAAGAUACUCAAUCAAAUAUAAAAAAACAAAAUAAAAAUUUAAAAGGAAUUGAUAACAAUAUAUUUGUAUCAGCUGAGAAAUUUGCAGAAAUAUUAGAAGAACAUAGUAAACAAAAAAACAAACCUGGUGGUACAGAUGUUUUUAAUACUAUAGAUGGUGCAAGUUUUAAACAAAUAGAAUGGGAAAUCAAACGACAUCAGAAGCUUAGAAAUUCUUUAAAUAAAAACAAACGAAAAAAUUCUAAAAUUUUAAAAAAAAAUGUAAAAAAAAUAAAACAUUAAUUAUAAUAAAAAAUUAUAAUUAUAAUAAAAUUAAAAAUAAAAGUAUU